AUAUGUAUAUAUAUAACACACAGGCUAGGCUUUCGGUAAAGUAAACAAGUACAACCACUCCAAUACAAUCAAAUCACACUUAUAAAAGCUAAUUCUUUUACUAAACGAUUUAUACAUACCACACCCUUAUCCUUAAGAAGAACAAGUUUGAUCGUGUAUUUGUGUUUCUCUUCUUCUGCUUCGUCAACUUGUGUAUUUUUCUUUAAGAUUAUGGCUCAAUCUCAAGCUGCAUACCCUCCUCAAUCCUACCCACCAGCACCAGCUGUAGAGGGAUACCCACCACCUGGUGCCUAUGCUGCACCACCUCCGGCUGGAUACCCAGGCGCUGAGUAUGCCGGUCAGCAACAAUCUCAAGCACCCGGAGCAACUACUGACAGAGGUGACAAAGGUGACGGAUUCUGGAAAGGAUGUUGUGCUGCUCUUUGCUGUUGUUGUGUGUUGGAUGCUUGCUUUUAAUCAAGGGAUUUCCUCCUCAUACCAGAAACAUCUUCUUCUCCGUCAUGCUGAUUAAGUUUUAUGAGAUUGUGGAGUGAUUAUGGCUUUAGUUUUCUUGAUUUGUUUCUAGAUCCAUCCAUACUCUAUCCUUGGAUGUUGAUAUUUGCUUUGUUUUUGCCACGCAAUAUAUUUCCGUGUGUAAUUAAAGAUGGAUCGGAUGACGUUUACUUAUAUGUAGAUUAAUUUAUUGAAUUUAAGUUCAACACUGGCUCAUUUCUUAAA